ACACGAGUGCUACACCGAAGCUAGUGUCUGUGUGCAUCCAGACACCGGAGCAGUCGUUACCUCGGGUCUAACAGGGCAUUUCGCUCCCAUGGGAAACCGCAGGGUUGUACGACUCCGCUCCGUUCAUUACGCGCUAAAGGCCAAGGAAAUUUGGUAUAACUUUGGGAGAUGUCAGAAAGUUCCUCAGGUGUGAACACAAGCAGUGGCAGUUUUCCCAAAUCCCACUCCUCCCAGUAUUCUGAAAUCAGCGUCACACACACACCCCUCUCCGUGGACCAGAGUCCAGAUUCCGGAAUCGUCAAAACCCCUCUGCCGUCCAGCCGGUUCAGGUUCGUGUCGUGGCAGCGGCUUGAGGAGAGUGAUGUCAAAGGAGACCAGCUCUCCUGUCCCAGGGUCAGAGAAGGGCCAUCAGUGGAGGACCUCUUUCUGAGAAAGGAUGACAUCCCCUUGGAAAGGGGGAGGAGGAAGAGGAGAGAGGAAGAAGGGCAGAGGUGGGAGGAGAGGCUUCAAGAGAACUGGGAGAAUUGUGUGGAGCUGAACCUGUCCUAUCAGGACUUGGGAGAUCCGUUCCAGCAGGAAAACUUCAGUCGGAUCCUGAGGAGGCUGAUCCGAGUGGAGAGACUGCAACUGAUCAAUAACUCCCUCACAGACCUGAGUUCUAUAUGCCUGCCAAGGUGCCGAAGCCUGAAUCUGCAUCGUAACCACCUGACAUGUAUACGUCAGCUGCCAAAGCUUCCGGCCCUGGAGCACCUGUGUCUCUCUGAGAACAGCAUCUCCACACUGAGGGGACUGGGGGCUCUGGGAACCAGCCCACUCCACUCCCUCACACUCAGAUCUAACCCUGUCAACUACAUACAGGACUACCGUGCACGUGUGUUCUCUUGUUUGCCAAAACUAAGAGUUCUGGAUGGAAUCCCCAAGCUGCCAGAAGAUUCCAUGCCCCCUGGACUCCAACUCCCAGCAGCCACCAGGAUGUGUAACGUUCUGUGACAUCAAACUAAGGGGCUUUGGAAAUUCCAUAAAUAAUAAUAAAAGUAAUUCCAUAAAUAA